AUGGAGCCGAGGAACUUGAAGAAGCUCGCGCCAGCACCGGCCUCACCUGGCAGUGGUGAAACACCCAGCCAGACAUCUAUAUCUAUACCAGGUCCCCGAAGAAACCUAACAAGGAAUGCAUGCUCUCCAUGUAAACUCAAGAAGGCAAAGUGUGAUGGAAACCGACCCACGUGUGGGAGAUGCCAGAAAGCCGGCGAUACCUGCCUAUACGAAGCGAAUAAAAGGGACAUCGGAAGAUUACAGCUACUAAGCGAGUACGACGCAGCUAGAUUACAGAAUUUUGAAAUGGUGUUUGGGGUAUUGCAAAAUGGGACCGACUAUGAAGCUACCGAACUAUUUUCUCAAAUAAGAGUCGGGGAAUCCAUCGAAACACUUGUGCCUGCAUUUAGUUCUUCUCUUCCCCAAUAUUCGGCGUUAGAAUCGUCUAAGCAAACAGCGCUCGUGUCAGGUUCGGCAACUGCACAUGAUGGGUCCGAAGACCCUUCUUCAACAGGAGGGUCGCAAAGUUUUAUGGACCUCCUAUUCGACCAAGAUGACUGGGCCCAGCCUGCUGAUGGUAUUAACGACUAUGAUUCCCAAAUGGUCCAGGGAGAAUCACACGACCAUGCCCCCGAUACCAUUCAGAGUGAUGGCCAACAGUUUCAUUCACUCUAA